UCGAUCGGCUUUGAAAGGGCUAAAGGUUGAUGCUGUGGAGAAAGGCCUGUCCAUAUUCUUUUCGACGAGUUUUAAUAACUUGUGGCUCAAGCAAAAGGGAAGCUCAGAGAUGGCCGAAAAAUCAGAAACUCUUCAGGCUAUCAGCAAGGAAAGCAUUGAUCUGGAAAAUGUACCACUGGAAGAGGUUUUCGACCAUCUGAAAUGCACCAGAGAGGGUUUGAGCUCCAAUGAAGCACAAGAGCGGCUUUCAUUGUUUGGUUACAACAAACUCGAGGAGAAAAGGGAAAGUAAGAUACUAAAGUUCUUGGGAUUCAUGUGGAAUCCACUGUCAUGGGUCAUGGAAGCUGCAGCCAUCAUGGCCAUUGCUCUUGCUCAUGGCGGAGGAAAGCCUCCUGAUUACCAUGACUUUGUGGGGAUUGUGAUCUUACUUCUGAUAAACUCGACGAUCAGUUUCAUAGAAGAAAACAAUGCCGGAAAUGCAGCUGCUGCUCUCAUGGCUCGGUUGGCUCCUAAAGCAAAGGUCUCACGAGACGGGACAUGGGAUGAGAUAGAUGCUGCUGUGUUGGUUCCUGGAGAUAUAAUCAGUAUAAAACUAGGAGACAUCAUUCCUGCAGAUGCCCGCCUUCUCGAAGGAGACCCUCUAAAGAUUGAUCAGUCAGCUCUUACAGGAGAAUCUCUUCCAGUUACGAAACAUCCAGGUGCUUCAGUGUACUCUGGUUCAACCUGCAAGCAAGGUGAAAUAGAAGCAGUCGUCAUUGCAACUGGCGUUCACACUUUCUUCGGAAAGGCAGCUCAUCUUGUGGAGAACACUACCCAUGUCGGCCACUUUCAGAAGGUCUUGACUGCAAUAGGGAACUUCUGUAUCUGCUCAAUUGCCGCUGGAAUGGCGAUAGAGAUUAUCGUCAUAUACGGUAUCCAACAGAGAGGAUACCGUGUUGGAAUCGAUAACCUUCUUGUGUUACUGAUCGGCGGGAUCCCAAUCGCAAUGCCUACUGUUCUUUCAGUCACAAUGGCAAUCGGCGCUCACCGACUGGCUCAGCAGGGUGCCAUAACAAAGAGGAUGACAGCCAUUGAAGAAAUGGCGGGAAUGGAUGUUCUGUGCAGCGAUAAAACUGGCACUCUCACACUAAACAAGCUUACUGUGGACAGAACUCUUAUCGAGGUUUUCAAGAAGGGUGUUGAGAAGGAUACAGUUGUGCUCAUGGCUGCGAGAGCUUCACGUUUGGAGAACCAAGAUGCCAUAGAUACCGCCAUUGUUUCAAUGCUGGGAGACCCGAAAGAGGCACGUGCUGGAAUUCAAGAAGUCCAUUUCCUUCCAUUCAAUCCCACUGAUAAAAGAACUGCGCUUACAUACGUAGAUGGGGAAGGCAAGAUGCAUCGAGUGAGCAAAGGCGCUCCUGAGCAGAUUUUGGCUUUGGCACACAACAAAGUGGAGAUCGAGAAAAGGGUACAUAUGGUUAUCGAUAAGUUUGCAGAAAGAGGCCUAAGAUCACUUGCAGUUGCCUAUCAGGAAGUACCAGAUGGUGAUGUUAAAAGCCAAGGUGGUCCUUGGGAAUUAGUAGGCCUUCUUCCUCUGUUUGACCCUCCUCGCCAUGACAGUGCUCAGACAAUCGAGAGAGCUCUUCUGCUUGGAGUCAGUGUUAAAAUGAUCACAGGUGACCAGCUGGCAAUUGCCAAGGAAACAGGAAGAAGGCUUGGAAUGGGCGCAAACAUGUACCCGUCUUCAUCUUUGCUCGGCGAAACCCAUAUCGAAGCAGAUUCAGCAAUCCCCAUUGAUGAACUCAUUGAAAAUGCAGAUGGGUUUGCAGGUGUCUUUCCUGAGCACAAGUAUGAGAUCGUAAGGAGACUCCAAGCCAGGAAGCACAUAUGUGGAAUGACUGGUGACGGAGUGAAUGAUGCACCGGCUCUGAAGAAAGCUGAUAUCGGAAUCGCUGUGGCGGAUUCCACUGACGCUGCCCGCAGUGCUUCUGACAUUGUUCUUACAGAACCUGGGCUUAGUGUUAUCAUCAGUGCUGUCUUGACCAGCCGUGCAAUCUUCCAGAGAAUGAAAAACUAUACGAUCUAUGCUGUUUCUAUCACUCGAUACUUGUUCGACGGGACAUGGGAUGAGAUAGAUGCUGCUGUGUUGGUUCCUGGAGAUAUAAUCAGUAUAAAACUAGGAGACAUCAUUCCUGCAGAUGCCCGCCUUCUCGAAGGAGACCCUCUAAAGAUUGAUCAGUCAGCUCUUACAGGAGAAUCUCUUCCAGUUACGAAACAUCCAGGUGCUUCAGUGUACUCUGGUUCAACCUGCAAGCAAGGUGAAAUAGAAGCAGUCGUCAUUGCAACUGGCGUUCACACUUUCUUCGGAAAGGCAGCUCAUCUUGUGGAGAACACUACCCAUGUCGGCCACUUUCAGAAGGUCUUGACUGCAAUAGGGAACUUCUGUAUCUGCUCAAUUGCCGCUGGAAUGGCGAUAGAGAUUAUCGUCAUAUACGGUAUCCAACAGAGAGGAUACCGUGUUGGAAUCGAUAACCUUCUUGUGUUACUGAUCGGCGGGAUCCCAAUCGCAAUGCCUACUGUUCUUUCAGUCACAAUGGCAAUCGGCGCUCACCGACUGGCUCAGCAGGGUGCCAUAACAAAGAGGAUGACAGCCAUUGAAGAAAUGGCGGGAAUGGAUGUUCUGUGCAGCGAUAAAACUGGCACUCUCACACUAAACAAGCUUACUGUGGACAGAACUCUUAUCGAGGUUUUCAAGAAGGGUGUUGAGAAGGAUACAGUUGUGCUCAUGGCUGCGAGAGCUUCACGUUUGGAGAACCAAGAUGCCAUAGAUACCGCCAUUGUUUCAAUGCUGGGAGACCCGAAAGAGGCACGUGCUGGAAUUCAAGAAGUCCAUUUCCUUCCAUUCAAUCCCACUGAUAAAAGAACUGCGCUUACAUACGUAGAUGGGGAAGGCAAGAUGCAUCGAGUGAGCAAAGGCGCUCCUGAGCAGAUUUUGGCUUUGGCACACAACAAAGUGGAGAUCGAGAAAAGGGUACAUAUGGUUAUCGAUAAGUUUGCAGAAAGAGGCCUAAGAUCACUUGCAGUUGCCUAUCAGGAAGUACCAGAUGGUGAUGUUAAAAGCCAAGGUGGUCCUUGGGAAUUAGUAGGCCUUCUUCCUCUGUUUGACCCUCCUCGCCAUGACAGUGCUCAGACAAUCGAGAGAGCUCUUCUGCUUGGAGUCAGUGUUAAAAUGAUCACAGGUGACCAGCUGGCAAUUGCCAAGGAAACAGGAAGAAGGCUUGGAAUGGGCGCAAACAUGUACCCGUCUUCAUCUUUGCUCGGCGAAACCCAUAUCGAAGCAGAUUCAGCAAUCCCCAUUGAUGAACUCAUUGAAAAUGCAGAUGGGUUUGCAGGUGUCUUUCCUGAGCACAAGUAUGAGAUCGUAAGGAGACUCCAAGCCAGGAAGCACAUAUGUGGAAUGACUGGUGACGGAGUGAAUGAUGCACCGGCUCUGAAGAAAGCUGAUAUCGGAAUCGCUGUGGCGGAUUCCACUGACGCUGCCCGCAGUGCUUCUGACAUUGUUCUUACAGAACCUGGGCUUAGUGUUAUCAUCAGUGCUGUCUUGACCAGCCGUGCAAUCUUCCAACAACUCUGUUUCACUUUGAAUCCCACGCGCUAA